AUGGGUCUCGGCGGCCUCUCUCUAUCCGAAGCGAACAGCGGACUUUUCCUCGGAUCCCACGCCCGCACCAAGGAUACGCGGCCCUCUGGCUACUCCGUACAUUUGCCAGCCACGCCAGCCUCUUCUCCUUACGUUUGGCAGAUAAUCAAGCACCGCUGUCCCGACAUACCUUGGAUGGCCCACGCGUAUAAUGAAAGCCAUCGAUCCAUAAUUGCGGGAUUUGCGUCGUCUGUAAUUGUGGUCAUUUCAACGUCGCACAGAGCUCAGUCCAUUCCCGUCCUUUUCUGCGCCUUAGCUCCCUCCCAAGCAUCUCAUGAUCUCAUCACUGGAUUGUUCAAAGCGGGAGACAACCACAUACUUCGUACAAGUCACAUGGAACCGAAACGGCAGAGACGGGCAGAAAAUCAGUCCCUAUUCCUUGAUAAGGUAGUUGUUCAACCGCGGAUUCGGUGUGGCACGCCCCAGAGGGAGCCGCUAGGUGUUCCCCCCUGUUCACCCCCCCUUAUUCGCGCCCCUAUUGGCGCCCAUUGGCUCGGAGCCAAAGAAGCAAUUAAGCCUCGCCCUCCACCAACGUUGCAACUUGCUGGGGAUUUGCAGGCCGUCACAGGGAUCACUGGUCCUGGUUCCUGGUCUCGAGGAUCUGAGGUUGUCUGCAGUCUGCCCGCCUAUCCGUACGGGAGAUACCUGACUUUAGCAGGUCCAAAGAUUCAAGGUGCUCGACUGCAACAAAACCGAUCUUCCAUCAACCCUGCAGGGCUUGCAGAAGCACACCCCCAGCCCAACCUUUUUCUGGGUACUGCUACAUUUCAUUCUUUGAAAGGUGUUGUUUCUUACCAAACCCAUCAGCCGGAUUUUGGAGCAGCUGCCGGUGAUCGACCACGAGCGCCGUUGUUACGUCCGCCCCCGACCACCCCUCGACUUGAUCUUCCAAACGCAUCCCGACCCCUUGUUGGGCUGCUGUCUCUCAUUUACACUUCGCCGAGAAAGCCAUGCUUGAGGUGUUUACACCGAUCCACGGCCUACACACCUCAAUUUCGCGAGCCGAUUUCCUAG